AUGGGGCCUGAACAAAUGUUUAUGUCUAUGGGGCCUGUUCAAAUGUUUAUGCCUAUGGGGCCUGAUCAAAUGUUUAUGUCUAUGGGGCCUGUUCAAAUGUUUAUGCCUAUGGGGCCUGAUCAAAUGUUUAUGCCUAUGAGGCCUAAUCAGAUGUUUAUGUCUAUGAGGCCUGAUCAAAUGUUUAUGUCUAUGGGGCCUGAUCAAAUGUUUAUGCCUAUGGGGCCUGUUCAAAUGUUUAUGCCUAUGGGGCCUGAUCAAAUGUUUAUGCCUAUGGGGCCUGAACAAAUGUUUAUGCCUAUGGGGCCUGAUCAAAUGUUUAUGUCUAUGAGGCCUUAUCAAAUGUUUAUGCCUAUGAGGCCUUAUCAAAUGUUUAUGCCUAUGAGGCCUGAUCAAAUGUUUAUGCCUAUGGAGCCUGAUGAUGGGUUUAUGCCUAUGAGGCCUAAUCAAAUGUUUAUGCCUAUGGGGCCUGAUCAAAUGUUUAUGCCUAUGAGGCCUGAUCAAAUGUUUAUGCCUAUGGAGCCUGAUGAUGG